AUGCCCCCACACGCACCACACUUCGGUGGGCUGUGGGAGACUGCAGUUAGGUUUGCCAAGAGACACCUUCUGCGAACAAUUGAACGCCUCACUUACGAGGAGUUCAACACCAUGCUGGUUCGUGUCGAGGCGUGCAUGAACUCUAGACCGCUGCAUCUUCUGUCGUCGGAUCCACGAGACCUCGAUCCCCUGACUCCAGGACACUUCCUCACGGGAGAUCCUAUCACUGAUAUAAUCCAUCCUGAUGUCACGGACGUCAAGAUUAGUCGCCUGUCCAGACCUGUCCUGCUGCAGGCGAUACAACAGCACUUUUGGAGGCGAUGGGAGCGCGACUACCUGCACUAG